CUGAGGACAUAAUAACUUUCAGCAAAUUUUGCCCUAUUUUCAUGCCAGUGGUCAUUUUUUUGUACACUAAAUGUGGCCCUUUAUAUUUAAUGGAUAUGUAUAGUUUAAAAGAAAAGACGAAUCCUACAAAAUACAGGUCUUUUACAGAUGGUGGGCGCUUCGCAAUUAAACGUUCUGACAAAUUUUGGUAUGGCACAUGGUCAGGCAUGGUUAUUGAGAAAUCAUUAAUGCGAACGAUGAAAACCGUAGGUGGACUAACUCGUGGGCGGGGAGUCCAGGAGAGUGUACUUUCUAGGUGGAUUAUGAGAAUGUCAUUCUCGCACAAUAUUUGUGACGUGGUUGAAAAUUUUUCAAUAUAGAGUUUCCCAACUUCGGAACAACAUGUUGAAUUGAGAAAUUCCCGGAUUAAUCGUGAUAACAAUGACGUAAAAUUAAUGGAUUGGCUUUCCCAACAUACGCCUUUCCUGCAAUGAAAGAACUUCUGUCAUAAGUACUGGAG